AUGUCUGCAUCCAUGCCGAUGCCUAAGUUGACAGCUCGGCGCAGUGCGCCUGCUGUCAUUGGAACGGGCGUACGCGCGAUCCGGCGCGUUGUGGUGCACGCAAGUAUUUUGAAAGCCUCGAAGUUGUGCUCUGGCGAUGUAGUCGCCUUAUCAGAGGCAGAUGACGGAAAUACCAAGAAGAAUUUUGCAAUCGGAACAUUGUGGCCUUCUCUGGAUAUUCCGCAAGAUGCCAUUUUGAUUUCGUCCUCACUUUUUCUUACGGCAUGCCUCAAGGAAGGCGCAAAGGUACAAGUAUUUGACGUGUCCGAUCAAGGCGCCGGCAGACCCCCUCCCGGUUUACCGACUAUGCGAGAUGUUCGGGAGGCUGGCGCCAUCUGUCUGAGAGAAAUUUCCAUAAGAACACGGGCAAUGCAAAGCAUGGCCAAUUCACAGGGCAAAGGAAAGCAUAGAGAUUGGCUCACUCUACUACUGCGAGAACACCUUAUCAAUCUCAAAUAUAUUCUUUCUACUCAGAUUAUCGAAGUCUCAUAUCAGGGCGAAAUCCGAACAUUCUCCAUUGAUUCUGUGUCAGCCCACCACUCGGCGCCAAGUGGUUCCGUGAAUACCAUAACACGCGACCUCAACUCGCUUGCAAUUCAGGUCAGCCCAUCACUUUGGACAGCAGGGUGGGACACAAUCGUCUCCAUACUGGAAGAUGUGGCUGAAAAUGACGUCGGUCUCAUGCAAAAGUCUGACAUCGAAACACUACCCCACACAUCAAUUUCUGAUGCAUACGCGGCUGUCGGAGGACUUGACAAGACAAUCACCCAGAUACGGGAUCUUCUUGAGAUACCGCUCACAAGGCCAGAGCUCUUUGGAUAUUUUGGUCUCAAACCGCCUCGGGGCAUAUUAUUGCAUGGUCCGCCUGGUACAGGAAAGACACACCUUGCACGUGCUAUCGCAUCAUCCACUAACUCAUCGGUGCUCGUCAUCAAUGGUCCUGAGCUUUCUUCAGCCUAUCACGGAGAAACAGAAUCAAAACUCCGGGAUGUAUUUAAGGAAGCCCGAGCCAAGAGCCCAUCUAUCGUCAUUUUGGACGAGGUUGAUGCGCUUGUCCCAAGACGAGAAGAGGGCGCAGGUGGCGAGGUUGAAAAACGGGUGGUAGCGACACUUUUGACGAUUCUGGAUGGUAUUGACAAUGCGAGCACGACUUUUGAUGAUAGGGUCGUUGUUAUCGGGACAACCAAUCGGCCGAAUGCCAUCGACCCGGCGCUACGAAGACCUGGGAGAUUCGAUCGAGAAUUUGAGAUAGGUAUACCGGACGCGGACGCACGUCACUCCAUUCUGAACGUCCUCCUCUCCAAAACUCCCCAUUGUAUUACAGACGCAGAACUCCAUUCCAUCGCACGCCGCGCUCAUGGAUAUGUUGGUGCGGACCUCAGUGCUGUAGUUCGAGAGGCUGGGACCCUUGCCAUCAAACGAUGGAUAACACACAUUCCGCCAGGCUCCCAUACUGACCCAUCAGCUACAUCAAUGACCUUGAAAUUGACGCCAUCGGACCUUUCAGAUGCGCUCCCUACUGUGCGGCCGUCCGCAAUGCGCUCCCUAUUUAUUGAGACACCACCUGUUCGGUUUGAAGAUAUAGGUGGGCAAGCCCACAUCAUACAAAAACUCCGGGAAGCAGUCGAGUGGCCAUUAUUGCACCCAGAGGCUUUCCAGCGAUUGGGUGUCCGACCACCAAAGGGUCUACUAUUGUACGGACCUCCAGGGUGUAGUAAAACCAUUCUGGCUCGAGCUUGCGCAACGGAAAGCGGUGUUAACUUUGUUGCUGUGAAAGGUCCUGAGCUUCUAAACAAAUAUGUGGGAGAGUCGGAAAGAGCCGUGCGAGAUAUAUUCAGCAAAGCCAGAGCUGCGUCACCGUCAAUAAUCUUUUUCGAUGAAAUUGAUGCCCUUGGAACAUCUCGCUCCUCAGAUUCAGAUACUGGAACUGCACAUGAAGGGGUUCUAACCAGCCUCCUGAACGAAAUGGACGGCGUUCAGGAACUUGUGGGGGUGACCAUUAUAGCAGCCACAAAUCGCCCCGACGACUCAGCUCUAAUGCGUCCCGGAAGACUGGAUCGUAUUCUGUACGUUGGACCUCCCGAUCACGACGGACGUAAAGAGAUCUUGAAGAUCAGGACAAGGAGGAUGAGUGUUGAAUCUGACCUGGAUCUUCAUACAAUAGCAGCCAUGACCGAUGGCUGCAGCGGCGCAGAAAUUAGCUCACUGUGCCAGGAGGCUGCUCUACUGACCAUGCAGAAAGAUAUCAACGCCCCAUUCAUCCCCCAAAGCGCCUUUGUUGCAGCCGCAGGUGCCAUUCAAAAGCAAAUCACACCAGAUGUGAUCAAAAAAUAUCAGCAAUGGAGAGAUCGAACAGGACUAAGGAGUGUUUGA